AUGGUAUACUGUCUGUCUGUCAUGGUUCUCCCUCACAGCUCCCUCUCAACUCCCUCACAGCUCCCUCUCAUCUCCCUCACAGGUCCAUCACAGCCCCCUCACAUCUCCCUCUCAGCUCCAUCUCAGCUCCCUCACAGCUCCCUCUCAGCUCCCUCACAGCUCCCUCACAGCUCCCUCUCAGCUCCCUCACAUCUCCCUCACAGCUACCUCACAUCUCCCUCUCAGCUCCCUCACAGCUCCCUCUCAGCUCCCUCACAACUCCCUCACAUCUCCCUCUCAGCUCCCUCACAUCUCCCUCACAUCUCCCUCACAGUUCCCUCUCAGCUCCCUCACAUCUCCCUCACAGCUCCCUCACAGCUCCCUCUCAGCUCCCUCACAUCUCCCUCACAACUCCCUCUCAGCUCCCUCUCAGCUCCCUCACAGCUCCCUCACAGCUACCUCACAUCUGCCUCUCAGCUCCCUCUCAGCUCCCUCACAACUCCUCACAUCUCCCUCACAGCUCCCUCUCAUCUCCCUCACAUCUCCCUCACAUAUCCCUCACAUCUCCCUCUCCGUUCCCUCACAGCUUCCUCUCAGCUCCCUCUCAGCUCCCUCACAGCUCCCUCUCAGUUCCCUCACAGCUCCCUCUCAGCUCCCUCACAGCUCCCUCACAUCUCCCUCACAUCUCCCUCACAGCUCCCUCUCAUCUCCCUCACAGCUCCCUCUCAGUUCCCUCUCAGCUCCCUCUCAGCUCCCGCACAGCAUGCCAUUCUGUAACGGAUAAUCAAUACAUAUGAAGACAUCAACACAUGGCUGUUGUUGUGUUGUGUGUGCAGACUGAUCCUCAAUGCAGUGUCUGUGUGUGUCCCAAAUGGCACCCCUAAUCCCUCUAUAGUUGUUGUGUAUAGUGCACUACUUUUGACCAGAGAGUAGUGCACUAAAUAGGGAAUAGCGUGCCAUUUGGGAUGGGCCCUCUGAUUUAUUUGCUGGUUGUUGCUGUGUGCAGGCUGGUCCUCAGUGUGUUUUCUGACCACCACCUUGUUGGUGUUGUCCUAUACAGAUUGGUCCUCAGUGCGGUAUCUGACUACUUUGCUGCCAUGUUCACCAGCGAUGUGAGAGAGGCCAAACAGGAGGAGAUCAAGAUGGAGGGGGUGGAUCCAGAAGCCUUGAGAUCUCUGGUCCACUUUGCAUACACUGGUGAGUACUGCUCAUCACUCAUUUAUGUGUCUCAAAUGGUACCCUAUUAUCUAUAUAGUGCACUACUUUUGACCAGGGCCCAUAGGGCUAAAUUAGGAAUAGGGUGCCAUUUGAAUGUAUCCAUACUGUAAUACCCAUGGAGCUGGCUGGUGCAAAAAGGGCAGCAUCAAAUCUACACGUCUGUCAAUCUUUUAGGCAUGUUCUCCCCUGUGCCCCAGGCCUGGUGA